AUGGGCAACCGGAUGGAGAGAUGUGCUCCACGGCAAGUGGAAGAAGACACGGAGAAAGAAAAAGGGGAUGGAGGUUGCAAGAUCAAGAUGUUGCUGACAAGAAAGGAGCUGGCAUGGCUGGAGCUUCACCUGAAGGAGAAAGCGGAGCAGAGGCUGGAAGAUGUGUUGGUGGAGAUGGGUAGAGAGAUGCAGAAAGAGAGAGGAAAAGGUAGAGGAGGGUGGAAGCCCACAUUGGAGAGCAUAGUGGAGAUCCCAGAGGUCCAGACUUGUAAUAAUGUGGCUGUGUGA